AAAAGGAUCCGUGAGGAAUUGCGAAUGGCGAUCGUGUGAAACGGGCCGCCGCCGCCGCCGCGUCGUUGUCAACUUGAAGAUUGCUGGUGCUGCUGCUGGCCUUUGUCUCCGCGAGCGCCGCGCCGUUGGAUUUGGGUAUCCUCAUCGUCCUCCGGUGUUACGGAACAAUGUUGUUCGCAGCCGCGAGCCGCGCGUUCCACGGGAACGUUGGCGUCGCUCGGCUCGUCGGCCGAUGAGACCGGCGCGAGCAAGGAUUGAGCACGCUCGCCAUCUCCACCGCAGACCUAACCUCUUAAUCGCCGCGAGGUGUCGAGGACGGAGCUGUCCGACUUGACAAUUGCCAGUUAUCCAAGGACAAUAGCUUCCGAGAGAUGGCCGGUAACAACGAGCUCUGGGUGCAAUGUUUCACGUGUUGCCUGACGCCACGGGCGGCGAGGAACAACAGACGGAACGGCGGUAGGCCGCAUCAGAGGCUCAGGAUAGACCGGAGCAUGAUUGGCGUGCCCACCAACUUUAGACACACGGCCCACAUCAGCAGCGGCGACGUCGACAUGUCGAUCGCGCAUCUGGCCGACCUCCAGGCACAGAUGCAGAGGAAGAGUGGUUUCGACGGUGACUUUAGCGCCAAGACAUGUUGAGGAGGACAGCUUCGUCGAUGCAGAGUAUUUCAAACGACGGAGACAGAGCGAGAGAGCUUUACCAUGCAGCGGAAAGACGAGCGAGCUGUUUUCUUUUUGAUAUAUCGAUAUACAUGUUCCUUACUCGUCCAAGGGAGGAGCGCAUUUCUUUCAUAUGGACAAGAUUGCAUUUUGUACGAUCCAUUAGGGAAUUAAGACAAAUUUACACUCAACAAAUCUCUGUGACUUGCUCUCAACGGAAAACUGCCAGAAAUCAUUGUAUUGCGAUGUACAGAUAAUCAUUUAAGAGUUUGCCUGUUUUUCACUCAAGACAUUGUCUAAAAAGAUACUGAAAUAUUCGACAGAUACAUUGUGCCUUUUGUUGACGACCUGACGUUCCAUGCGAAAACAAGUAUGUGUACAAGAACGAAGAACGGAUCGCUUUAUUUGUAAAAUUACUCGGUAAGAUUUAGAAGAUACAACGUGUAAUUAACAUACAAGUAAUCGUAUCACAUAAUAUCACAUGAUAAUAUAAUUCUAUACACGUAAUUAUUAUCCUAUUGUCGAAUAUUGUUCGCAUAUUAAUAAUACAGGAGAGCACUGGCGAUAUUUAUAUGAAAA